AUUAUAUUCGUCUUGCCCACUUCAUCGUCGUAUCAAUGCUCUUCACAUAUUCUGUCAAAAGAGGCACAAAGGAAAAGAAAAAGCAGAAGAAGAAACUCUCUUGAUAAGCUCUCCAUCCCAUCAUUUUUUCUCUCGUUUUCUCCGGCAUAAUAUCAUUAUCUAUGAUUUAAUGGAGGAAAGCUCCUCAGUCCCAUUUGAUGAGUUCAACUGUCCCGCCAAUUUCCAAAUCCCGUUUGAUCUUUUUGUGUCCAAGAAGAAUAAGGGGCUCGGGAGUCCAGGAAAUCUCAGAUUCACGGACUCAGCGGGUAAUUCGGUGUACACAGUGCGGAAAUUGUCCCACAAGUCAGCUGAUAAUCGUCCAGACUACACGAAAAAGCUGCUUUUGGAUUCAUCUGGGGACACCCUCUUCACCAUAAACCGAGUAAGCAAAGGAUCAUGGCAAGGCUUUAGGGGAAAUGAUGAAGAGAAGAACUUGAUAUUCAUAGUGGACAAAACGCUAGAUGAGUUAACCAGAACUGAGUUUAAAAUAUUACUUCUCGGCGAAAACAACAGAGACUCAAAGACUGAGUUGCAGAUGAAAGGCUGCCCUUUCAAGAGAGCCUGCACCAUUUAUAAAGACGAUUCCAUAGUAGCUGAGACCAGCCUAAUGUACAAGCUCGGGAUUGGGAAAAUUUUCGUUCCUAGGAACCGGUUUCGGGUAACCAUUUUUCCUGGAUUCAAUGAUCAUUGUUUAGUUGCAUCACUCAUUGUUAUAUAUUUUGAUGGAAGAAGGCUCUGGAUAUGAGUUAAGCUAAGUUAUUGUAUCUCUUCUCUAGUUAUCCAACCCCCAAUUUUAACUUGUAACAUAUGCUGUUUUAUUUGUCUCAAAACUGAUCUUUUGUCGGAUAUUGUAAUCAUUUUCCCUCUCUGAUGAUCAUUUCAUGAAUUUCUGAUGUCUUGCUUGAAUGAAUUAGUUGGUACCAGAAAUGUUAGAAAACAUCAAGAAAAAGACUAAUAAGUGAAAAGGACGCCGAACUUC